AUGAACAAAGCUCCCGCCAUAUUUUUAAUUCUUUUUGGCCUCAUUGCUUUAUCUAAAGCUGCGGAACACGUAGUUAACGUUGGUACCAAAGAAGGAAAAAAUAGAUUCGAACCUUACACCGUAAAUGCAGCCGUGGGUGAUACCGUCAGAUUCGUUUGGGUUUCGGGCAAACACAGCGUCAUCGAAUCAGAUGCUAAGAGGGCUUGUUCUGCAUCAAAAGCACCCAAUGCUUUUACCACAGAAGUAUACGAAGCCCCGAAGGAAUGGGUACUUGACAUUAAAGAUGCCAGUGGUCAGAAAUGGUUCUACUGCGGUGUUCCCCAACAUUGCGCAAAUGGUAUGGUCGGUACUAUUUUAAUUGAUGAUGGGCCGUCUAAAACUCCACCCAAAACUCCAACCGGACCUUCUCCCAAAACCAAAACUGGUUUUGAACCUACUCCUGCAUCAUCAGCACAACCUUUUCCAUUUACAAUCUUUAUAGUUAUUGGAUCUAUGCUUGGUGGUAGUUUAUUAACUGCUGGAAUUUUCUUUUUAUACCGAUGGAACAAAAAGAAAAGCGGAAAAGGGGAUGCAGAAAGUCUUACAAAUAUUCCAAAUGAUAGAGUCAUUAUUAACGAUAAUGAACCAAAUAAUGAAGUGAUUGAUAAUGAGAUUAGAACUCUAGAUAAUGAAGUUUAUAAUAAUGAGCAAGAGGCAAUUCGAAAUAUUGAUAGUGAGGUUAUUCAACGUUUGAAAAAUGAGAUGACACAAAUAAUAAGGCAAGAAAUAAAAAAUUUAAAAUAA